UAGAGUACCAAUAAGUCUUCCAAGCUAUUUAAACCUUGUUCAGUUUCAAAAAUUUUGAGUUGUGCACUUGUGCUUAUAAUGCAGAGCAUAGGGUCAUCUUACAUUCAUAUUUUGCUGCUUAUAAGUAUCUGAUUUAUUCCAUAUGACUCAAUUAGGUUAGGUUCUCAGAAAAUCCCAUCAUGAGUAGUUGUGUGAAGCCACUGGUGCAGACCAAGGAAACCCCAGUUGUUCUUCUACAUGGUUUUGACAGCUCAUGUCUAGAAUGGAGAUAUGUAUUACCAUUGCUUGAGGAAUCUGGUAUUGAGACAUGGGCCAUUGACAUUCUUGGUUGGGGUUUCUCUGAUUUAGAAAAACUUCCUCCUUGUGAUGUGGUAUCCAAGCGUGAUCACUUCUACCAGUUUUGGAAGUCUUACAUCAGAAGGCCAAUGAUAUUGGUUGGACCAAGCCUUGGCUCUGCUGUUGCCAUUGACUUUGCGGUCAAUUAUCCAGAAGCUGUGAAGAAGCUUGUUCUGAUUGGUGCUAGUGUAUAUGCAGAGGGAACUGGAAAGCUAGCAACCUUACCCAGAGCAGUAGCCUAUGCCGGGGUUAAUUUAUUGAAGAGCCUUCCGUUACGCCUAUAUGCCACCUAUUUGACCUUCACAAAAAUUUCCUUCAGCACCAGCCUUGAUUGGACUAAUGUGGGCCGCUUGCAUUGUUUCUUGCCUUGGUGGGAUGAUGCUACAGUGGAUUUUAUGACAAGUGGUGGUUACAGUGUUGCUCCUUUGAUAGGAAAGGUAAAACAGAAUACACUGAUAAUAUGGGGUGAAAAUGACCGCAUCAUCAGCAAUAAGUUUGCAGUGCGACUCCACUGUGAGUUACCUGAUGCAAUUAUACGCCAAAUACCUUAUUGUGGACAUCUUCCUCAUCUUGAAAGACCAGAUUCUACUAUCAAACUAAUUGUUGAAUUUGUGCAAAGAGAGAGUAAGACAUUCAGUCAAUGUGUUGCACAAGUAUGAAGAUUGAAAAUCUGUUGGUGAUAUAUAGAACUAAUUAAGAAUGCUCCUUCCCUAUUUAGAUGAAGAUAGAAACAAUGCUGCUGCAGUAACCUAAUAUUGUUAAUAUGAUAUGUCUCUUAUAUUAUAUACUGAUAUUGACUCUUUUGAAUGUUAAACGAGUUUUACUUUAA